GAAAUUAUUUCCAAAGCACUUAGUUACAAACUGGAACAGCACAGUUUAACUGAAAGAGUGGAUUUUACAUUUGAAGGACAAGUGGAAUGAAACACUGAGAUCCUGUAGUGCAGCCGUCAUGGUGGCUAUACCCCUGAUGCAAAUCUGUUCCCUUCUGUAACAUUCUGUCCUUCCUUUUGUUCUAAUCAAGAUCUCCAAGUUUAAGCACACACAUCGUUGUUUCCCUGCUGAUUACUGAAGUUGCUGAAGUUUGUGUUUAAUCGUCAAAUUGACAUUGUAUUGAGGUCAUUAUUGUUAAACUGCUUGUUAUCACUUUAUGGAAACAUGGUCUGUGUUGAUUUACGGAGGAGAUUACAGGAACGCGGAUUUCGGAAGUCAACGCUGGCGUAUAAAAGACCCCGCUUGGCCCUCCUGUGGUCACACUUCGACCUGGCUCUUUCGUCGACGUAAAGCCGAGAUGAUGAAACUAGCCAUUGCUGUGGUGGCCAUGCUGGCGUUGGCCGAGUGCAUCCUCCAGGUGCCCCUGGUGAAGGUGAAGACCGCCCGGGAUACCCUCGAGGAGCAGGGCCUGUGGGAGCAGGUCCGCCACAAGUACCCCUACAACCCCAUGGCCAAGUUCGACCAGAGCCUCAUGGUGACCGGCGAGCAGAUGACCAACGACGCUGACCUGGCCUACUUUGGAGUGAUCUCCAUCGGAACUCCUCCUCAGUCCUUCAAGGUGAUCUUCGACAGCGGCUCCUCUAACCUGUGGGUGCCCUCAGUCUACUGCAACAGCGCCGCCUGCAACAACCACGACAAGUUCUCCCCCAGAGCCAGCAGCACCUACAGGUACGACGGCAAGCCCCUGGACAUCCACUACGGCACCGGCAGCAUGACCGGCGUCCUGGCCUACGACACCGUGACGGUGGCCGGAGCCGCGAUCCGCAACCAGAUCUUCGGCAUGAGCCAGACCGAGGCUCCCUUCCUGCAGCACAUGAAGGCCGACGGCAUCCUGGGCCUGGCCUACCCCCGCCUCUCCUCCUCCGGCGCCACCCCCGUCUUCGACAACAUGAUGAAGCAGGGCCUGGUCACCCAGGACAUGUUCUCCGUGUACCUCAGCAAGAACUCCGCCCAGGGCAGCGUGGUGACCUUCGGGGGUGUGGACCCUCACCACUACUCCGGCUCCAUCACCUGGAUCCCCCUGUCCAGCGAGCUCUACUGGCAGAUCACCGUGCACAGCGUCUCCGUCAACGGCCGGCCGGUCGCCUGCGUCGGCGGCUGCCAGGCCAUCGUGGACACCGGCACCUCUCUGAUCGUUGGGCCCCAGAGCGACAUCAGCUCCAUCAACAGCGCCGUGGGAGCCACCAGCAGCGGCAAUGACUUCGUCGUCAACUGCAACGGCAUCCAGCAGAUGCCCGCUGUGGUCUUCCACAUCAACGGCCACAAGUUCAGCCUCCCCGCCUCUGCCUACGUCCGCCAGUCCAAGUACUACGGCUGCCGCAGCGGCAUGGCGUCCGGAGGCAGCAACCUGUGGAUCCUGGGAGACGUGUUCAUCAGGGAAUACUACUCCAUCUUCAGCCGGGCCCAGAACAUGGUCGGCCUCGCCACGGCCCGCUAAACGCCCUCGCCCCGGGCUCCGCCUCCUACUGGCGGACACACAACCACCACGCACCCCCUUCCCAGCAUUCUUUGAAUAAACGAAAUGUCAAGCAA